CAGCCAGAUCGCUUUCUGUCUCACAUGCCAUUCCUGGGUUUUGUUCCCAGAAAUCUAUGCGGAUUUGAGCCAAUUCCAUAACCUUGUAUAGCUCUUUCGUUCAGACCCAUAAAUCAUUAAAUCCUCUCCCACUUUCCUCAGAUUUCUUGAGAAAACUGCGCCCAUGUUUAGCUCAGAAGCUCCGAUUUCCAGAGAGUUGACCAGUGGCAGCAACAGCAGCUUCUUAUUCCCCUCUGCUAAUAAUAAUGAGUUGCUGAAGAGCAAAGAAGUGAUGGGUUCGGAUCUUUAUCAGAAUCAGAGCAGUGGGCUGAUGCGAUACCGCUCGGCUCCGAGCUCGUUCUUCGCGGGCGUGAUGGACAGCGCCGCCGCCAAUUUCUCCGCCGCCAACGACGGGGCGGCGGCGGACAGCUUCAUGGUCAACGACGGCUCCUCCAGCUCCGACUCGGAGACCAUGUUCUCGUCCAUCCUGAAUUGCGGCGGGUCGGAGUCGCGCGAUCUGAAGAAUUCCGUGCAGUUUCUGAAGCCGGAGAUGGCGGUGGAGAGCCACAAGCGGAGCAGCGAGGCUCAGCAGAUGGUUUUUGAAGCUCCUGAGAUGGGAUCUUAUGGCGUGGAGAUGGAGAUGCAGGCGCAAAUGCGGCAACAACAGUUUAGGAAUCCCUCUAAUCUCAUCCGCCAAAGCAGCUCGCCCGCCGGUUUCUUCUCCGGGUUUGAUGUAAUGAGAGAGGGUGGAAACUAUAAUAAAGGAAGUGAUGGGGCUGCUAAUAGGGCUGCUGCUAACUUAUCCUCAAAUGGCUUCAACAAUCACAUCAACUACUCAUCUGCUCAGUCUUCCAGUUCAAACUACAUGCCCAGCAUAGCAGAGAAUGAAUCUUGGAAUGACUCUUCUUUCAAUUGCUUAAAGAGGAGCAGAGAUGGUGACUUCAAGAUCUUAUCUGCUCUCAAUGGAAUGGAAGCUCAGAGCGGGGGCGAACCAAGAAACUGUACGCCCGGUUUAACCCACCACCUGAGCUUGCCUAGCUCUGUUGAGAUAGAGAAGUAUUUGCAUUUCCAGCAAGACUCAGUUCCGUGUAAAAUCCGCGCCAAAAGAGGCUGCGCCACUCACCCAAGAAGCAUCGCGGAGAGGAACCGACGGACCAGGAUUAGCGAAAGAAUGAAGAAAUUGCAAGAGCUAUUCCCAAAGAUGGACAAGCAAACAAGCACAGCGGAUAUGUUAGACUGGGCAGUCGAGCACAUUAAAGAACUUCAGAAACAAGUCGAGAUACUCACAGAUAAAAAGGCGAAAUGUACGUGUUCGAGUGAAGCUCAAAAGGUUGGAAUGCAAUAAGCCUGGCUUUGGUGUACAGAUAAUAAAAGUAGGUGCAGAUGUAGAUGGAAGGGGGAAAAGUAGAGGAGAGAAAAGAGUCAAGCUAACUCCUUUGUUUGCCAUCCAUUGAAGCAUUAAUGUAUUUUGGCUAGGUAGAUCAGAAAGCAAAUGUAGUUUCUAUUGUAUUUUCAAGAUUGGGUAACAUUUAGAUUUAUCUCACCUGUAUCAAUCACCAUCAUGUAUUAUUAUUAGUCUUUUUGGAUUUUAUGGUUUGUUUUUUAGCUCUAAUUUCUGCUCACGGCGAAAUUUCCUCUUUCUGAUGUGAUACUUUUCCGUGAGAUUGACCACUCUUAUAAGUUGAAUCAGAUUAAUCUUA